CCGGAGCAGUUGGUUGGCCAGGCCCGAGCCGGCCCGAGGCGGAUGGGAGCAGGGCCGGACCAAGAUGGCAGUACAGGUGGUGCAGGCCGUGCAGGCGGUUCAUCUGGAGUCGGAUGCUUUCCUAGUUUGUCUCAACCACGCUCUGAGCACAGAGAAGGAGGAGGUGAUGGGGCUGUGCAUAGGGGAGGAGUGACCCCAAAUUUACAUAUACUGGAACUGAAAUGCGCACAGUUGCUGAAAAGGUUGACACCGUCAGAAUUGUUCACAUUCAUUCUGUCAUCAUCUUGCGACGUUCUGAUAAGAGGAAGGAUCGAGUGGAAAUUUCUCCAGAGCAGCUGUCUGCAGCCUCGACAGAGGCAGAAGUUGGCUGAACUAACUGGUCGCCCCAUGAGAGUUGUGGGCUGGUAUCAUUCCCAUCCCCAUAUAACUGUUUGGCCUUCACAUGUCGAUGUUCGUACACAAGCCAUGUACCAGAUGAUGGAUCAAGGCUUUGUAGGACUUAUAUUUUCCUGUUUCAUAGAAGAUAAAAAUACAAAGACUGGACGGGUGCUCUACACUUGCUUUCAAUCUAUACAGGCCCAAAAGAGCUCAGAGUCCCCUCAUGGUCCACGAGACUUCUGGAGCUCCAGCCAGCACAUCUCCAUUGAGGGCCAGAAGGAAGAGGAAAGGUAUGAGAGAAUUGAAAUUCCAGUUCAUAUUGUGCCUCAUGUGGCCAUCAGGAAAGUGUGCCUGGAGUCGGCAGUUGAGCUGCCCAAGAUCCUGUGCCAGGAGGAGCAGGACGCGUACCGGCGGAUCCACAGCCUUACACAUCUGGACUCAGUAACCAAGAUCCAUAAUGGCUCAGUGUUUACCAAGAAUCUGUGCAGUCAGAUGUCAGCAGUCAGCGGGCCUCUACUACAGUGGUUGGAGGACAGACUGGAGCAAAACCAACAGUAUUUGCAGGAGUUGCAACAAGAAAAGGAAGAGCUUAUGCAAGAACUUUCUUCUCUAGAAUAAAGCAGGAGACAAAAUGGGGAAGGAUGAAAAUAUGCAGGUAUAAAAUUAAGCUAAAUCAAUUCUGAAGAAGAAAAAUUUGGAGGACUCACAUUGCCUGACUUCAAGACUUACUAUAAAGCUACAGUAAUCAAGCCAGUGUAGUAUAUGCCCAGUUAAUUUUGACAAAGGUACAAAAGCAAUGCAACAGAGGAAGGAUAGUCUUUUCAACAAAUGAUGCUGGUGCACUUGGCAAAGAAAAUGAACUUUGACCAAAACUGCACACCUUCUACACAGAUUAACUGAAAAUGUACCGUGAACUUAGAUGUAAGAUGUAAAACUGUAAAACUUUUAGGAAAACAAGUCAUAGAAAAAUCUUUAGGAUCUUGGGCUAGGCAACAAGUUCUUGGCCUUCAUCCUGAAAGCACAAUUGUAGAAGGAAGAAGUUGACACUGUAUAUUGGACUUCAUCAAAAUAAAAAAAAACUUUUGCUCCACAAAAAAUUUAAGAGGAGGAAAUUAUUGAGAUAAAUUACUUGCAAGCCAUUUAUCUAGAUCAAUCUAAAAUAUAUAAAGUCAAGAGUAAAAAACAAUCCAGUUAAGUGGGAAGUUGUUGUAUAACAAAGGGAGUCCAACUCGAGGAUGGAAGAUGCCUUAGAGGACU